AUGUCUUCGUUACAUCGAGUCCAACAGAUCAUGCCUCCAAUCGAGGUCACAGCAGACCCGGAUAUUGAGAUGGCCAUAGUCGUCGAAGCACGACCACCCGUCAAGCCGGAUGAUCCUUACCUGGUUGCGUUCGACCAGCCAUCCGACUCCGACAAUCCGAAAGAUUGGAGCGCAACCUUGAAAUGGACGGUCACAGACGCACUCUCAGCCACAUGUUUCAACAGGAUCAUGGUAUCCACUAUCAUGGCUCCCGCUCUACCUGCAAUAGCAGCCGAGUUGCAUAUGACGAGCACCGAGUCCUUCAUGGCCCUGUCUAUUUACGUACUUGCCACAGCAAUUGGUCCGUUGCUUCUCAGCCCUCUUUGUGAGAUCUAUGGUCGCAAGCCUAUCUUGCACGCAUCGAACCUUUGGUUUUUGAAAUUCAACAUUGUCUGCGGGUUUGCCAGAAACAAGCAGACUCUCAUCGCGGCGAGGUUCCUGGCUGGGUUUGGAGCAUCAGCAAUCUUCUCUUUAGCGGCGGCAGUCUUGGGCGACAUCUGGAGACCGGAGCAGCGUGGUACAACUUUGGCCGUCUACUCCCUGAUCCCACUUCUAGGUUCUGCUGUUGGUCCUAUAAUCGGAGGUAUUAUGGCGGAGCGGACCACAUGGCGCUGGGAUGUUCUGGUCAACAUCUGCUUUCCAGGGCCUCAUGGUGGUUCUGUCACCGUAUACGAACGCCUCCAAGCAGACAGAAAUGUUCUCGCAUCGAUAUGGCUGUCGUUCAGUCGACCACUACGCCUCCUAGCGACCCACCCAAUAGUCCAGAUCGUGGCCGUCUUUCAGGCCUUCAAUUACGGCGUCCUAUAUAUCGUUCUGUCGAGCUUCGCCACGCUCUGGACUGAGCACUAUCACCAGCACGUUGGGACAUCUGGACUGCAUUACAUCGCAAUUGCUCUUGGCGAGGUCGUCGGUUCCCAGGUUGCUGGCAGGCUGAUGGACCGCAUCUUCGCCCAUCUCACGGCCAAUGCUGGAUUGAGUGAAGGCGAGAGUGCACCUGAAUGGCACCUUCCAUUGGUGCUCCCAUCCGUGCGCAUCGUGUCUUCCGGGCUCUUAGUUUAUGGAUGGGCUGCUGCUUUCCACGUACAUUGGAUGGUGGUCGACAUCGGUGCCUUUCUCUAUUCCUUCGGAGGUCAGAUCGUUGGCCAGCCCAUGACGGCCUAUAUUAUCGAUGCAUAUCCGGAGUAUGUCAGCUCAGCGACGGCGGCUACACGAUUUGUAACCAGUAUGUACGCAUUUGCGUUUCCGCUAUUCACACCCGCAAUGUAUAGGGUGCUAGGAUACGGCUGGGGCAACACUGUCAUUUCUCUGGCAGCAGUGGUACUCUUGGUGCCAGCGCCUUUGGUAUUGUGGAGGUAUGGGGCGAGGUUGAGGACUAAGACGGUUAUGAUCUUCUGA